AUGCGUUAUCUUGGCUUGUCGCGUUUCCUCCUUCAAGUUGGGCAGGGCUGUUGGGCUCGAGGCGGUCACCCGCUGCUGGACAGCGUCGGUGUCUCUUCUCUCGCGCUCGUGCUCGCGACCUCUUUGGCGUCAAUCCGAAAGAUGGGCCAUCCCGCCAUAACAGCUCGCAAGCACAAGCCCCAUUCCACGACAACUACCAACCCUGAGCUCGCUGACUGCUGCCCUUUUCCUUGUCGCGUGUCGCUUGCGACCGUGACGCGGCUCGAGGCCAGCAUGGACACCAUUAACGAGCGGGAACGGAAUGGACUGUGCUUAACAGCGGGAGGGGAGGGGAUAUCUAAAGAACUCGAAUUGCUAGGAGUCAGAGGGGUAGUCGAACGAGGGAUGUGUCAAUGCAAGAUUCGUCCUUGGAGCUCGGUGAACGACGAGUUUGGUGAUGAUACACGCUCACCAUAG